UUUUAGUAAUGCUGCGCAUCGUGACUGACUGUGACGCAGUGUCGCUGAAGCUCUGUUGCUUGACAGUUUAAAGCGGCUUAAAGAUGAUGACUUCGUCAGAAACCGAGGUAGAAAAAUUAGGUGAAAGCAAUACGGAAGAUUCGGCAAUUUUAGAAGUAAGCACAAUGGCAGUUGGCGGUGUUAUAAAACAAGAAAGCCGUGAUACGGAUUUUCUGUCAAACUGUAGUACGUCUGUCGAAGGUUCCGUGAUAGCAUCUCCUUCUGUUGGUAGUUUCUCUACUCUACCAGAACAAGAGAUAUCAGAUUUUCAGGCAGAUUCCCGAGACCUACAAGUGAAAGUAGAUAAUCCUCAGAAGCAUCUUGAGACUCUUGAAACUUAUAUUACUUUUCGUAUAACAACAAAAUCUACACGACCAGAAUUUGAAGAAGGAGAAUAUAUUGUUAGGAGGAGAUAUAAUGACUUUAUAUGGCUACGACAAAAAUUAGUAGAUUCGUAUCCAACACAUAUCAUACCACCAAUGCCUGGAAAACAUACACUACUUGCACAGUUAGAUCGUUAUUCCAAAGAAUUUAUUGUAGCACGCAUGAAAUUAUUACAUAUAUUUCUAAACAGAGUUGUUAAUCAUCCCAUUCUCAGCUGUGACAAAAAUUUACACAUUUUUUUGACUUCUAAACCUGCGGAAUUUCUUAUACAUCGUAAAAAUCGUGGAAAUGUCCUUGUAAAAAUGACAGAUUCAUUACAAAAUAUCGCAAGCACUUAUACUAUGAAACAACGUCACUUUGAGUUUGAGCAAAUUCGGGAAUAUUGUAUAGCUCUUAGCGAAAAAUUAGCAACCAUAGAUAAAAUAAAUCAUCGUAUACAAAAAGAUAGGCAAGAUUAUUUAGUUGAAUUACAUCAGUUACAUCCGAUAUUCACUUUAUGGGCAACUUCUGAACCAGAAUUAGCUCCAAUCUUAUUAGCAAUUGCCAAAGCAAUAGAAUGUAAUGCGGUGGCUCAUCAAAAACUUCUAGAAAAUGUUCCAAACGAAGAACGCGAAUAUAUUUCGUACAUAGACGCAGUUAAAGGUGCUCUAUCUCGACGCGAUUCGAUGCAAAUCGAGUACGAAAUGACAAUUGAAGAUCUCGCGAAAAAAAAAUUAGAAAAAGAUCAGCUAAUGGGUAUUGUAAGUGGAAAUAUUUCAACGCAGAAUUGGGGCGGAUCGCUAUGGAAAGCAGAAUCCCGCGAUGAAAAAUUAGAAAGAUUGGGACAAGCAAUUCCACGAUUAGCAAAGCAAGCGGAAUUAUUACAAGAUCGCGUAGAAUGUGCCAAUGAAAAUUUGCGCAGCGAUUUACAAAGAUGGAACGUAGAGAAACAAAUGGAUUUGAAAAAUAUGUUAAUCUUGAUGGCAGAUCGACAAAUCCGACAUUACCAGCAAUGUAUGAAUGCAUGGGAAGAAACUUUGGCCGGUUUAAAGUUAGAUGGAAUAGGAUCCGAUGUUAAUGUAGGAUCAUCGAUCAAGAUACCAAUUUGAAUCUUUUCAGAUAUAAAAAUUUUAUGAUAAAAUGGCUUUAUAAUACAAUAAGGUCAUGAAGUAACACGAAAACUUAAAUUAACAUGUUCAAUCUUAUAAAUAUAGCUAGGAAAAUUUUCGGCAUAGAGAAUUUAUAAUUAAAAUUUUACGUUAAUACUGUUUGAGGCUUUUUAUAAAUUAUGUUCAGUAGGAAAAUAUUGCUUUAAGUAAACUGCAUUUUUCGGCACACGUUAAUAUCGGCGCGUUAGUCGAUUCCUGAUAAAGCUAGAUGCUUGCUAAAAGGUACUUUCUACUGUACACGACUCAUACAUGUAAACCUCAAACAGUAUUAACUGCAAACGGGCCGUGAAACCCACAAAACUUUAAUUAAGAUUUUUAAAUAUAUUUUCUUUUGAAUCGCUAGUUAUUUUGGGACCAAAUACUAAAUUUCACUAUUCUUCUUUUGCCUUACUUUUUACCACAUAUAAUACAUUCACUGACAAUCAGUUCUUAGUUACCUAUAUGUGGUUAUUACCAAAGUUACUUAUAAUAUAGAUAGUCAGUGUAUAGUUCUAGAAUAUAAUUUACAAAUUCAAGCAAA